CAAGCUCAGGUUUCUCUGGAUCGUUUGUUCAUUUGGGUUUUUUUUUUCUUUCGUGCUCUUCUGCUUCAUAGUUAUGGCAGCUGAUAAUGGGAAGAAGAAGCAGGAGGAAGGAGGAGAGAAGGAGAAGGUGGUGAAGGUGACGAACAAGAGUGUGGUUCUCCCACGCAAGGAAUUGGGAGGACGAGAAUGUCCUUUGGUGACAUUCGAUCUUCCCUUUUUGACCUUCUACUACAACCAGAAGUUGUUACUGUACAAGGGUCAGGGUGGAAUUGAUGAAAAUUGGGAGGAGAUGGUUGGGAAGAUGAAGGAAUCUCUCGAGGAAAUACUGGUGGAUUUCUACCCUUUGGCUGGAAAAUUGGGGAAGGACGAGGAAGGUGUGAUAAGGGUUGAUUGCGACGCCGAUAAUGUCGGUGUAGAGGUGGUGGAGGCCGUGGCCGCCGGCGUUGGAGUUGCAGAACUUGGUGAAGAUGAGUCUUCACCGUUGUUGCAGGAGAUCGUUCCCUACACCGGCGUUCUAAACUUGGAGGGCUUCCGUCGACCAGUGUUGGCCGUUCAGUUCACCAAGCUGAGAGACGGGCUAGCAAUCGGGUGCGCAUUCAACCACACCAUCCUGGACGGUCACUCUACGUGGCAUUUCAUGAACUCUUGGGCUGAGAUCUGCCGUGGGUCUACCGCUAUCUCGGUCCCACCUUUCCACGACCGUACAAAAGCCAGGGACACCCGCGUGAAGAUAGACCUCCCGUCGCCAGGCAAACCCCUCCGCUCCGAAUCCGAUGGCCCGGCCCCACCUCAGAUGAGAGAGAAGAUAUUCCAAUUCUCCGGCUCCGCCAUCGACAAGAUCAAGUCGAACGUCAACUCAUCUCUAUCCAACGGCUCCAAACCUUUCUCAACCUUCCAAUCUCUUGGGGCCCACAUAUGGCGAGCCAUCAGCCGUGCACGUAACCUCAAUCCUGAGGACUACACGGUCUUCACUGUCUUCGCCGAUUGUCGCAAGAGGGUCGAUCCUCCGAUGUCGGAGAAUUACUUCGGCAACCUAAUCCAAGCGGUGUUCACAGUGACGGCAGCCGGCGCGUUGCUUGCGAACGCGCCAGGUUUUGGCGCGUCAAUGGUGCAGAAGGCCAUAGAGAUGCACGAUUCGAAAGCGAUCGAGUGUAAGAACAAAGAGUGGGAAGCGGCGCCGAUGCUGUUUCAGUAUAAGGAUGCCGGACCAAAUUGCGUGGCGGUGGGAAGCUCGCCGAGGUUUAAGGUUUACGACAUUGAUUUCGGGUGGGGAAAGCCGGACACGGUGAGGAGCGGAAGGAACAACAAGUUUGAUGGGAUGGUUUACCUUUACCAGGGGAAGGGUGGGGGAAAGAGUAUCGAUGUGGAGAUCAGUUUGGAGGUUCAGGCCAUGGGAAAUUUGGAGAAAGACGAGGAGUUUCUUAUGGAGGAGCAAGCCUAGUAUUAAACUAGCAGAUUUGAUCUCUCUCUCUCUAUAGACUAGAGAG